AUCAAUCAUUCCGUGUCUAGUCAAAAGCCUUUUUCAUCAUAGAUAAUAUCUUGCGUCAAUACGCAGAAUCUGCACAAGAUAGUAUUUAAAUCAUACUGGGAGAGAGGGUUAUCGAGCAGGAUUAUUCAAUAAUCUUUCGUUCGGGGACAGUCUUCUCAUCAUGGCUACACAAUCGAAUACUUCACCAACACCGAAUCCUCAGUUUCAGAGGCAACCACUGUCUUAUUUGGAGGGUCCGGUAGAUCCCCCGUUAGUAGAUCUAACUCUCGGCGAACUUUUAGAUCUUCAGUGCCAGCAUCAUGGCACGCGGGAAUGCAUCGUCACGCCUUGGACGGGGGCUCGGUGGACGUACAAUGAGCUCAACCAGCAAAGCUCUCAGUUGGCGAGGACGCUGCUUUCCCUUGGUAUUAGCGUCGGAGAUCGUGUUGGUAUUAUGGCCGGCAAUUGCGAGCAAUACGCCGCUGUCUUCUUCGCCGUCGCACGAAUCGGGGCUAUACUGGUGAUAUUGAACAACACGUACACACCAACAGAAGCGCUACACGCACUGAAGUUCACGGACUCGAAAAUAUUCUUCACCACCAAGAAAAUUGGGAGGCUGCAGAACACCAAACUGUUAGCCGAAUUAGCCAAGGAGAAGGAGGGCCCCAACGUCGUAAUCCUGAGAGGAGAGUCGGGGUCGUAUCCAACAUACGCGGACCUAAUUAAGCAAGGGAGAUCAGUCAGCGACAGCGAUCUUCACCGUCUCGGGAAGAAGGUUCUCGCGCAUAACGUGUGCAAUCUGCAAUUCACAAGCGGCACCACGGGCCUUCCCAAGGCGGCUAUGUUAACGCACCAUAACAUCGUCAACAACGCUCGCUUCAUCGGCGACCGCAUGCGGCUUACCCCGGACGACGUCCUCUGCUGCCCACCACCGCUGUUCCACUGCUUCGGUCUCGUGCUCGGUAUGAUGGCCGUCAUCACCCACGGCGCCAAGAUCGUAUACCCGGAGGAGACCUUCGACGCGGCCGCCGUCCUCCGCGCCAUCUCCGACGAGCGGUGCACCGCGGUCCACGGCGUCCCCGCCAUGUUCGACACCCUAUUCAGCCUCCCCUCCCCCCCUAACUUCGACUGCACCAACCUGCGCACGGGAAUCAUCGCCGGCGCCCCCGUGCCCCGCUACCUCAUGGAGCUGCUGGUCGAGCGCUUCGGCAUGACCGAGUUCACCAGCAGCUACGGCCUGACGGAGGCCAGCCCGACCUGCUUCAACGCCUUCACCGACGACGCCAUCGAAAAGCGGCUGACCACCGUGGGCACGCUGAUGCCGCACGCGCGCGCCAAGAUCGUCGACCACGACGGCCAGAUCCUGCCGCUGGGCGCGCGCGGCGAGCUGUGCAUCGCGGGCUACCAGCUGCAAGCCGGGUACUGGAACAACUCGGAGAAGACAGCCGAGGUGAUGCAGCGCGACGCCGAGGGCGUCCUCUGGCUGCGGACGGGCGACGAGGCCGUGUUCGACGAGCAAGGGUACUGCUCCAUCACCGGGCGGUUCAAGGACAUCAUCAUCCGCGGCGGCGAGAACAUCUACCCCCUCGAGAUCGAAGAGCGGCUGCUAGCGCACCCGGCGGUCGCGCGGGCGAUAGUGACGGGGCUCAAGGACGCGCACUACGGAGAGGUGGUGGGCGCGUUCUUGCAGCUGGCGGAGGGAGGGGGAGGAAGGCUGGGCGAUGGCGAAGUUCGCGAUUGGGUGCAGCAGAAGCUGGGGCGGCAUAAGGCGCCGACGCACGUGUUCUGGCUGGGCGAGGACGGGGUGCCGGCUGACGUGCCGCUGACGGGGAGCGGCAAAGUGAAGAAGUUUGAGAUGGCGCGGUUUGGGGAGGAGAUAUUGAGGAAGAGGCGUUUGGAGAAGUUGUAAAUACCAAGUAUAGAAGUAAGUAGAUUUGGUAUAAUAUAAAUGAAUAGGUAUCUAGGUAUUGGUUAUAAUACCUUUGGUGUAGCCUGAGACUUCACUAG